AUGUCGGUCUCACGCUCACCUCCUCAUCAGCAAGGACAACAGUCCACGAGUGCCGGGUCAAAUACAAGUGAUUUCGAUCCUGCUCAGCCACCGAUGCGCACUCAGGACGACAAUCACCCACCUGUAGAAGCCAGCAUAGCUGCAGUAUCAAUCAAGUUACCACCUUUUUGGAAGAACGAUCCCGAAUUGUGGCUUAUUCAAGUCGACGCACAAUUCAGCACACGCGGAAUACGACAAGACAACACCAAGUACUAUCAUCUCAUUACAGCAUUGGAUGUGGACACAUUGCAACAGGUCUCUAAUGUCGUUCGCACACCACCUGAGCAUGAUAAGUACUCAAAUCUUAAAACACAUCUCAUUACUCGUUUCACGGAAUCCAAAGAGCGACAACUACAUCGUCUGCUUACAGAUCUUGAGCUCGGUGACAAAAAGCCUAGUCAAUUAUUACGCGAGAUGAGAACCCUGGCGGGAGAAACUGUUCCUGAUGAUCUACUACGCUCGCUGUGGAUCAAACGCAUGCCAGCAAAUGUGCGAUGCAUCCUGUCAGCCAGCCCGUCACUUGAUCUCACAGUUCUAGCAGAUCUUGCUGACCGUAUCCUCGAAACCAGCUCUGCGUCAUACGUGAUGGCUAUGGGCGCUACUCCUGAAACACCUAGUGUCAACUCUGUCCACACCGAUACAAUAAACGACAGAUUGCUAAGUGUCGAGAAGCAGAUCGCAGACUUAGUGAAAUCCUUCAAGAAACUCGGACCGAAGGGACAUCCCUCUGGCAAUUGCAAACCAGUGCUACUAUCACCAGACCUUUGGCGCAGCAGCAAAGAAAUGCACACAACCGUGCAGUUUCAAACAACCGACCGAUUCGGAAAACUAACCGAGCUGUCACCAGUGCAGGCGGUGAGUGGCAGCAGCUACCAUGACCUCAACGGAGAAACUCGUCUGCAUAUUUUCGACCGAUCAACACAUCUUAAGUUUUUGGUGGAUACCGGUUCAGUGGUUUCCGUGGUGCCACGCGCGUUAAUUAAACAUAGUCUCAAGCCCGCUCCACUCAAAUUAUACGCUGCCAACUCUACGGAGAUACAAACUUUUGGCGAUAAAGUUUUCAACAUCGAUAUUGGCCUCCGACGUUCCUUUAAAUGGCCAUGUUUGAUCGCACAAGUGAAAUCGCCUAUCAUCGGAGCAGAUUUCCUUGCUCAUUUCGGACUACUGUUAGAUUUGAAGCAUCGCAGACUCAUCGAUCCGCUCACUUCACGCACAUCCACUGGCGACCUGGUUACAACGUCCAUCUUUGGCAUCUCCACGGUCGACACACGCAAUUGUUACACGGACGUGCUUAAUCAAUUCAUUGACAUCACAAAACCUUUACGCAAGGCAAGUUUUUCGGCUCAUUGCACCACUUCUCAUCGCAUCAUUACCAGUGGCACACCCAUUGCAGAACGACCUCGCAAACUGGCAGGUGAGAAAUUGCUAGCCGCUCGAACGGAAAUUGAUUAUCUGCUGGACCAAGGCAUCCUUCGACCAUCCAGUAGUCCCUGGGCCAGUCCAAUUCACCUGGUGAAGAAGGCGACUGGUGGUUGGCGUACGUGCGGCGAUUACCGCAAGCUUAAUGCAUGUACAUUACCAGAUCGGUACUCACCACCAUUAAUCCAGGAUUUAUUUCCACGGCUACACGGCAAAACAGUCUUCACAACAAUAGACUUAGAACGUGCUUAUCACCAGAUUCCCAUGGCGGAAGAAGACAUCGAGAAAACAGCAAUCAUCACUCCUUUUGGUUUGUACGAAUAUUUAGUCAUGCCAUUCGGAUUACGCAACGCUACACAAACUUUCCAAAGAUACCUCGAUUCAAUUCUCCGCGAUCUCGAUUUUGCAUUCGGCUACGUCGAUGACAUAAUAAUCAUGUCUGACUCUGAGGAACAACACAAGAACCACCUCCGCAUCAUCCUUCAACGGUUGCAACAGCACCACCUCAUCAUUAAUGUCAGCAAGUGCAAGUUCGGACAAUCUGAGAUCACUUACCUCGGAUAUCGCAUCAAUCAACAUGGUUAUCAACCAAUGCCAGAACGUGUUCAAGCUCUUUUGGAUUAUCCAAGACCGAAGACCAUCGACGAACUCCGACGGUUCUUAGGCAAAAUCAAUUACUAUCGACAGUGCAUUCCACACGCCGCACACAUGCAAGCACCCUUGAAUGAUUUCCUCAAGGACUCUCGAAAGAAAGACAAACGCAAGGUUCCGUGGACACCACAGGCCGAUACAGCAUUCAAUGAUUGCAAACAGAGUAUUGCCCAUUUGACUCUCGCAACAUUCCUUUCACCUUCAGCACCAUUGGCUCUCACGACCGAUGCGUCAGACACUGCAAUUGGGGCGGCACUCGAACAAUUCGAAGAUGAAGUUUGGAAACCCAUCGGUUUCUUUUCUCGCAAACUCAGCCUUACAGAGAAGAAUUACAGCACUUACGACAGGGAGCUCUUAGGCAUAUUUGCAGCCAUCAAAUUUUUCCAACAUCUGUUAGACGGUCGACAAUUCGUCAUCAAGACAGAUCACAAGCCUCUCGUGUACGCUUUUAACCAACGGUUGGAUAAGGCAUCGCCUAGACAACUUCGUUAUCUCGAUUACAUCUCGCAGUUUUCAACCGAGAUUAUUUACGUAAAAGGGGAAGACAACGUCGUCGCCGACGCUCUUUCCAGAAUCAACGCAAUCAACAUACCAUCUUUGCUUUCCUCUGCACAAAUUCAUCAAGCACAAGUCGAAGACGAAGAACUUCAAGAACUCGCAGACAACGACACGUCACUCAAACUUCAACGCCUUACGAUAGAAGGAUCUCCACUAUAUUGCAACAUCGCUUCCAACGUAGUGAGACCAUACCUACCUCAAAGUCUUCGUCGACAAGCUUUUGACAUUAUUCACGGUUUGUCACAUCCCAGCGGUCGCGAAACUUGUCGCACGCUUCGGGAAAAAUACAUUUGGCCUGGUAUCAAGAAAGAUGCAUUAUUAUGGGCUCGUCAAUGCAUUGCCUGCCAGCGCGCCAAAAUUCAACGGCACAACAAGUUUAUCCCGCAGAAGAUCAACGUUCCGGAUAAUCGCUUUAACCAUGUCCAUCUCGACAUCAUCGUCCUCCCAGAAGUCAAGGGAUUCAAAUAUUGUUUAACGAUGAUUGAUCGCUUUUCCAGAUGGCCCGUCGCCGUUCCGCUCAAAGACAUGACAGCCGACACCAUUACCUCUGCAUUUUACACGCACUGGAUUUGUCAUUACGGCACUCCUCUCACUAUAACAACAGAUCAAGGAUCUCAAUUCGAGUCCUUAUUAUUUUCUGCACUCACGAAAUUAAUCGGAGCUCGCAGAAUUCGCACAUCGCCCUAUCAUCCAUCAUCGAAUGGUUUAGUGGAACGAUGGCAUCGCAGUCUUAAAACCGCACUCAUGUGCAGCCCGCACAUUUCUUGGACGGAACUUUUACCUACCGUCAUGCUCGGGUUGAGGACAUGCUACAAAGAGGAUCUUAAGGCAUCCGCUGCUGAAUUAAUCUACGGCACUACUUUACGUAUUCCAGGCGAAUUUUUCGUCACUCAAGAAGCACCGGCAGAUCCACAAAUCUUUGUCGAAAAACAUCGCGAAUAUAUUCGCGGCUUACGACCGACUCCAACGGCUCAUCAUACCAAAUCACGCAUGUUUUUGUUACAAAAUUUAUACGAUUGCUCUCAUGUGUUUCUUCGCAACGAUGCCGUUAAGCAACCAUUGGAACCUCCAUACACCGGACCACAUGCAGUCAUCAACAGACCCACUGAUCGUCUUUUUACCAUAAACGUAGAUGGAGCAGAAAAAACUAUUUCCGUGGAACGAUUGAAACCAGCGUACAUUUGCAAGGCGGAUUCAUCCGAGACAACGCCAUCUUCAGACGCACCUGAUGAGCAACCACAUCCUAGAAGUUCCACGAUGGACCCACCCCUAAAGACUUAUUCCAAACGAGUUCAUUUUUCUUAA